GCUAAUAUUGGUCUAAUUUACACGUGUGACGAAAUAUCCGAUUAUUUUUUUCAUUCAGCGGCCUUCGUGAAAGUCAGACUAACAGCCAUCAUAUCAUAAGCAGGUCUAUAUUUCCUCCAAUUUAUCGAAUUCUUUUGGUUUAUUUUCAUCUUUUCAAUUUUCUUGCUGUGGGUUUCCUCAUUUCGUGCUCGUAAAAUCCCAAAAGAAUCAACCAACUUUAUCUCUGUUUUAUCUAAAGCAUCUCUUUUCGGCCUCUUGCUUCUUCUCUUGUUUCUUGUUAUCACCCUACAGAAAAGGAAUCCCAGAAACCGGGAAAUGAGUUUUGGAUUUUAGUCAUUUUUGCAUUCCUCGUAUCAAAUUCUCGGUUGGGUAAUUUUUGGAUUUCUUUGAGAGGGAUUUUUUAUUAUUUUUAGGGAUGGGAAGCUGAUUUUUGCAAUAUGUGUACCAUUUUUGCAAUUUGAUUUCUUGGAAAUUCCUUUCCAUCUGCUGUUGAGAUUAUUGAUAGCUGAAAGAUUUGUGUUUUUAACAAAUUGAAUUGUGUGUAUAUCGGGAUGAAGGGUAUUAGAGAUUGGGCUUUUGCUCAAUUACUGUCCAAGUCUUUGGCCUCGGCUAGACUGUUGUCUAGCAGUGGCAGUUUCUUCUCUGAAGGACCUGUGAAUGAAGAUUCUAAUGACCCAGCUCACAUGGCAUGUCCAGAGGUUACAGUACUGCUUCCAGAUACAUUAUGCUCUUCUGAUAACACUCACGAGAAUGGGCCUCAUCCCUCUCUGCAGGAAGAUGCUAACAGAACUAAUCAUGCCAGUGAUCCAUUGGCAAAGAUUGAGGAUCUCCAGGUUAAGUUUUUCCGGCUCCUUCAGCGGUUAGGUUAUUCAAAUGACAAUGUUUUGGUAGCAAAGGUUUUGUAUAGGAUACGCUUAGCAAUAUCAAUACGCGGAAGGGAAUUGGAUUUGAAAAGAGCUAGAAAAGUAGCUGAAGAACAGGAAGCAAUUGACACACCCGAACUAGAUUUCUCUGUUAGAAUACUUGUCCUGGGGAAGACAGGUGUUGGGAAGAGUGCAACCAUAAAUUCUAUAUUUGAUCAGAGAAAGAUGAUAACUGAUGCAUUUGAACCAGCCACUAAUCACAUCGAAGAGAUUGCUGGAACUGUCAAUGGAUUCAGAAUAACUUUUAUUGACACCCCUGGAUUCUUUCCUUCAUCUGCAAGUAACAUGAGAAGAAAUAGGAAGAUCAUGCUCUCUGUGAAGAGAUUCAUUAGAAAAUCCCCACCUCAUAUUGUUCUUUUUUUUGAACGGCUUGACCUUGUCAACAUGGGUUAUUAUGAUUUCCCCCUUAUGAAGCUUAUGACUGAAGUAUUUGGGAGUGCAAUUUGGUUUAACACCAUCCUUGUCAUGACUCAUGCUUCGUCAACUCUUCCUGAAGGACCAAGUGGAUUUCCGGUCAACUAUGAAUCAUAUGUUACCAGAUGCACAGAUUUGAUACAACACUUUAUACACCAGGCAGUAUCAGACACAAAACUGGAAAAUCCUGUACUUUUAGCAGAGAAUCAUACUCAAUGUAAAAAGAAUUUCAUGGGGGAAAAUGUUCUUCCCAAUGGACAAGCUUGGAGAUCUCAAUUCUUAUUGUUAUGCAUGUGUACCAAAGUUCUUGGUGAUGCUAAUAUUCUCUUGGAAUUUCAAGAUAGCAUUGAGUUGGGGUCAUCUAGCCCCCGGGUGCCUUCACUGUCACAUCUCCUUUUAUCUCUUUUACGGCACCGUUUAUCAAGCCCAAAUGGAGCAGAAUAUGAUGUUAAUGAAAUUUUACUUUCUGAUGCAGAUGAAGAAGAUGAAUAUGAUCAAUUACCUCCAAUCCGAAUCCUGACAAAAUCUCAAAUCGAGAGAUUGACAAAAUCACAGAAAAGGGACUACCUUGAUGAGCUGGAUUACCGGGAGACUCUUUAUUUAAAGAAACAGUUAAAGGAGGACAUUAGUCGGAAGAGAGAGAAGAAGCUUGCUGAAUCAGAAACUUCGGGUGAGGAUAAUAACCAUGAAGACCAGCAGCCACCUCCAGAUAAUGUCCUGUUACCAGAUAUGGCCGUCCCUCCAACUUUUGAUUCAGAUUGCCCUGUACAUAGAUAUCACUGCGUUGCUACAAGUGACCAAUGGCUUGUGAGACCUGUUCUUGAUCCCCAAGGAUGGGAUCAUGAUGUGAGCUUUGAUGGUAUAAACUUGGAGACAGCUAUGGAAAUAAAAAGGAACAUUUAUGCCUCAAUUACAGGGCAGAUGAGCAAGGACAAACAGAAUUUCAGCAUUCAGUCUGAAUGUGUUGCUGCUUACACGGAUCCUAGGGGCCCUACUUAUUCUUUGGGUUUUGAUGUUCAAUCUGCUGGUAAAGAUCUUAUCUAUACAGUUCACAGCAAUACAAAGCUGAAGACUCUCAAGCACCAUAUUACUGAGUGUGCAAUGUCGUUAACAUGCUUUGGGGAGAAUUAUUAUGUUGGUACCAAACUUGAAGAUACCAUAUUGAUUGGGAAGAGACUGAAGUUCAUAAUGAAUGCUGGCCAAAUGAGGAGCUCUGGACAGGUGGCAUAUGGUGGGACUUUUGAAGCAACAUUAAGAGGGCGAGACUACCCUGUAAGGAAUGAUAUUAUCAGCCUGUCAAUGACGGCUCUGUCAUUUAAGAAGGAGACAGUGUUGGGUGUAGGUUUUCAAUCUGAAUUUCAGCCUGUACGAGGCAUGAGAAUGGCAGUUAAUGCAAAUCUAAAUAGCCAGAAAACUGGACAAGUUAGCUUAAAGAUGAGUAGCUCUGAGUGUACUGAAAUCGCAUUAGUAGCCAUUUUUUCAAUUCUCAGAGCCCUUUUCCAUAGGAAAGAUGAGGGAAAUGGAAGGAAAGAAGUAUUAGAGAUGUGAUGAGUCUUGAUCUCUUGAUUCCCAAUUCUCUUAAUUUGAAGAGGAAAAAUAACCAGACAGGAAUUUUUAUGCAUAACCAGGUUUUUAUAGCGACAAAAGAGUUGGAUUUUUUGGAAGUUGUUCCCACUUCUUUUGCUCCACACUUUACUUUCAUGUUGUGUAGGUUAGAUAAUGAUGUUUUAUUAUUAUUGUUAUCGUUUUUUUAAUGCAUACUGGUAGAGGGUGAAUAGUGAUUUUUUUUUCUGUUGACCUACUACUCUGGCCACAUGUAUCUCUGUAGCGAGCAAUCGCAGUUAUAGUUGUACAGGAACACAAGGAAAAUCAAUCUUAUGGUUGCUGGAAUAAAUAACCUUUUGAUGUUCCAACUGGGUUGGAUCUUCGAA